UUUCAUACGACUGAUGGACCCAGUAGUUCAGCCAUCGAUUGAUCGCCUCGGCCGUUUGAUCAAUCAAUACCCCGGAAAGGCGAGCGAAGCCUCCAACAGAGCGCACACGCACGCACGCACGCACAUCAAACCUUGCGAAUAAAUCCCCGCCUUUAGGCCAAUAGGCUUCUAAAUUGCCUUUCUCGUUUCUUUUGCUUCCCGAGAUCAACCACCGACUGACGAAGCGGACUCGAGCCGGGCGAUGAUCGUUGCUUCCCUUGCCCGUCGUAGCAUCCACUCCAGUCGUCCUCGUCCCCUCGCAACUCUUUCCUCUACCUACGCCGCUUCUUCGUCUCUUUUCUCUUCCACACGGCGCCCCUUUGGCACGAGCGCACCGACGAUGUUUGCCCUGACGCCCUUCCGAGGGGCACCAGGGGCUGUGCAGCCAAAGACGUUUUCGCGGCAAGGCGAGCUGCACCGGCUCCCGAUUCCGCAGCUCAAUGACACCUUUGAGCGCUAUCUCACCACGCUUGAGCCCCUGCUUCGCCAGGCCGAGGAGUUUGGCGAGCUCGACGCCGGAAAGACGGCGGCAGAGGAGCUCGACAAGCGACGGGCCUGGGCGCGCGAGGCCCUCAAGCCUGGCAGCUUGGUCAACCGACUCCAACAGAGACUGAUCGACGUCGACCGGACCACGCCCAAUAAUUGGCUCGAUGAUCGCUUCUGGCUCCAAAAGGCAUACCACGAAUGGCGCGUGCCCCUCCUCGUCAAUUCCAACUGGUGGCUCAUGUGCCGCGCAGACCCCGACACGCCAGCUGCCGCGCUCGAGCAGCCGGGCGCACAAGCCGAAAAGAGUGGGACACGGAUGCCGGCGGCAAAGGCCGACGUGGCCCUGGGCGCGAACUCGUGGCAGGCCUACGAGCACGGCCUCAGGCGGGCCACUUGGCUCAUCCACCGUAUGCUUGAGUUCAAGAGGCGCCUCGAUACACAAGACAUUGUGCCAGACGCCUCGAGGGCUGGAGCAUUCUGCAUGCACCAGUACACAAGAGUGUUUGGCGUCACGAGGAUCCCAGCGAUCCCGCACGACUGGAACACGGCAUCGGUCCACCCCGCCAAGAGCAAGCACAUCACCGUCAUUUGCAGAAACAACUUCUACCACGUCGAUGUCCUCGCAGAAGACGGCACCGGCCUGCCCCUCGAAGACAUCGAGCGGGCCCUGUACGAGAUUGUCGCAGAUGCGCGAAAGGCAGAUGGACCGGCCGUCGGCGUGUUGACGAGCGAUGGGCGGGACGAGUGGGCACGGGCACGGGAGCAUCUCCUCACAUCGCCCACCAACGCAGCCAGCAUGAGGUCCAUCGAGGACUCUCUCUUCAACGUAUCGCUCGACUCGGACGUCCUUACACUCCCCUCUGACCACGCCGGCGCGCCGCACAGUGCCACGCCGGACUCUGUCGAUGCUCACGCCAGAAACACGUCUGGUGCUGGUCGGGGUGGCCACAACCGGUGGUUCGACAAGGCCAUGUCGCUCGUCGUCGAGCCAAACGGACGAGCGGGCCUGAUGGGCGAGCACUCGCCCUGCGACGCCCUCAUUCCCUCCAUCGUCAUUGACUUUUGCCUGGGUGUGCCAAGUCCCAAGCCACACGAAGCCUUCCCAAGCGUUCCUCAGACUGCUGAGAAGGGCUCGGGCAAGGGCGUCAAGUGGUCCAAGCUGGCCUGGGAACUCGACGCGCAGACCGAGGCAAACAUCGCCAGUGCGUCCGAGGCGGCGAGAAAGAUUGCCGCCGGGUCGGACAUUGGCAUGCUCUGGUACGACGAGUACGGGGCCGAGUGGAUCAAAAAGGUGGGCAAGCAGUCGCCCGACGCCUACCUGCAGCUCGUCCUCCAGGUCGCCUUUGCCAACGUCAAGGGACGGCAGAGCCCCACGUACGAGACGGCCUCGACGCGGCUGUACAGGCACGGACGGACGGAUGUGAUCCGGAGCUUCUCCAAGGAGGCCUAUGAAUUUGUCAAGGGCCUGCGCGAUGGUCUCUCGACAAAGGAGCUCUACCCCUUGCUCUCCAAGGCCACGCAGGCGCACAAUGCCCAGACGAGGUCCAGCUCGAUGGGGAAGGGCAUCGACCGUCACCUGACGGGUCUGCGGCUUGUCUAUGAUUCUCAGGAAGAUGGGCCGGUGCCCGAGUCGGAGGAGAAGCACGUCGACAGCUGGAAGGGCGCACAGCUCCUCUUCAACGACCCCCUCCUUGCGCAGUCGCAGACGUGGAAGCUCAGCACGAGCGGCCUUAGUGCCGGUGACCGCUUCGCCGGUACGGGCUUCGGAGCGGGCUACCCCGACGGCUACGGCAUCAACUACCUGGCCGGCAACAACCUGCUCAAGUUUGGAAUCGAAUCCAAGCACCCGGACCAGGGCGGCGAGUCGGGCCCCAACCCGACAAAGACGCUGGCGACGGCCAUCGUCGAUGCGCUCCGCGUCAUGCGCGAAAUCUGCGAAAAGGAGGCACCCGCCGUAGCCGAGGCAGAGGCCAAAAAGGCGGGCAAGCUCUGAUCAGGAGUAGCUUCUUUUUUGUCCGAAAGGCUGUCUGCUGGCACAGCUCUGAAGCUGCUUCUUUGUUUCUAGUUGACACUUGAAUAAUUUGUAGAUCUUUGAGGGAAAGACGAGAGAGAAUGAGCAGCAUUUCUUCGAGUGAUUCA